AUCGUGGCAGAGCGCAGGGCCGCCCAGGUUACCAUCAGAAAGUGAUGAUGAAUACUGUUAAAGCUGUAAAAAACGCCGUGGUCUGCUUCGUCUUGCUGCCCCGUUUUCUCGUGGCAGCGGUUGUCUUCUGGCUGCUGGACUUUCUGUGCAUCAGGAAAAGGUUUUUCUUCAGGAUGAAGGAGCAGGGAGGCGAUGCCAUUGAUCCCCCUCUGUGCAUAUCGGACUCCAACCGCCUGUUCAGCCUUGAGUCCCUGAAGGCCGUCUGGCACGGCCAGAAGCUGGACUUCCUGAAGGCGGCGCGCCUCGGACGCGGAGCGCCCAACACCGAAGUUGUCCGGCUGCAGGACCAGCGGCGCUCCCGGAUCCUGGACUGCGCGCAGGGCGCCAGACCGCUCAUCCUCAACUUCGGCAGCUGCACCUGACCGCCGUUCAUGGCGCGCCUGAAGGCUUUCCAGGAGGUCGCGCAGCAGAACGCGGACAUAGCGGACACGGCGGUGGUGUACAUCGAGGAGGCGCAUCCCUCCGACGGCUGGACGAGCACCGACGCGCCUUACCAGAUCCCGAAGCAUCGGAGUCUGGAGGAGAGGCUGAGCGCGGCGCACCUGAUCCACCUGGAGGUGCCCGGCUGCCUGGUGGUGGCGGACAACAUGGAGAACUCCUCCAGCGCCGCGUACGGGGCGUAUUUCAACAGACUUUAUAUAGUGCAGGAGGGGAAGGUGGUGUACCAAGGCGGCAGGGGACCUGAGGGGUACCGGAUCUCAGAGCUCAGAGACUGGCUGGACCAGCACAGAAAAGAGCUGGAGAAAACAGACAAUAAUCUAAACGUGUAGAUUUAUUGCCCUUAUUUUCAUAUCAAUGCCGGGUAAAGCAUAUUUAUUACAUUUAAA